CCUCCUAGCAACGAAAUAUGGCGUCCUUGUAAUGUAAAUAUACUUCCAAAAAUCUACAUGCGUUGGAGAAAUAAAGAAAAUUUUCUUAUAGAGCACCAUUAUUUUUGGCUCAAAUUAUAAGCAAACAGGUAGUACACUGCAUUAUCUGGACUACCAAUUAUUGGGCCAUUAUCAUUAUGUCUUAAUAUUCUGUAGUUCAUUUACUUUUGAUUUAAAUGAGAUUGAAGUUAAUAGUUAUUAAAUCUCAGACUUAGACUGACUUUAGUUCAGUUGUUUUUGUUGAAUUUGAAGGCUUAAUGAAUCAUAAUUAUAAUCACUUUAAAACUUUAAAUUAAUUAUUACUAUGAAUUAAACCUAAUUCAUAAAUUCACCCCACUAAAUCAAUUUUAGACCUAUAUUAUGGCUUAUGAUAUAAUAUAAUAGAACUGGCCUCAGGAAUUAAGUUAUAUAGUUAUAUGAAUAGUUAUACUGAUAGGUUGUUAACUUUGCUGAGAAAGUACUUGCUGUGACCAUGACCUAUGACUAAACUAACAGUGUUAAAAGAUGGCAGACAGUCUUUUUGUCACAGAAUCUGGUCAGCUUCCCUGCAUCUAUUUUCAGUGGACUUAAACUUAAUUUAUCAAAUGUAUAUUUAAAAUAAUUAAACAUUUACUAAUUACUUUAACUUCCAAAAAAGGCUAAUUUGGAGAGAUAGUACCGUGGCCACCAUCCUGGUUGUCAUUUGCGUGUUUUGUUAAAGUUGCCGAGAAUUAGGGUUCAGGUUAGGUUUAGGGAUACAUUUUAGGGUUCAGGUUAGGUUUAGGGAUACAUUUAGGGUUCAGGUUAGGGCUAGGGAUACAUUUAGGACAUAAGUUCGUGGGUUGCGACUACCAAGAUGACGGCCGCGGUACUAUCUCUCCAAAUUUACCCCCAAAUAUAUUACUGCUUAAAAGUUACUAUUUACACUAAACUUUAAAAGGAAAUAUUUCUGAUUCUGUUGAAUUUAGUUUAACAUAUUCAAUCAUAGUGUAAAAAAUUAGACAUUUUGAUAAAUGAAAGAGAAAAAUAAUUCUCACAAAAUGAAGAACAUUUUUGAGAACUUAAUUUAGAGAAUUAAUAAAAUUUCAAACUAUAAGUAUUCUAAUUUGUUUUAAUUUAAUUUGGACACUUUAAUUGUUAGGUGCAGUUUAUCAAUCUUCUUUUCAUAGAUAUGAUUUGAUCACAUCCACUGAUCAAUCCAGUUUUUUUGUCAUUAUGUCUUUAAGAGGUAUUACAUUUUAAAAAUAAAAACUAAGGUUGUAAGUCAUAUUAUUCUGUUUAAGCUUAGUUGAAAAAAUGUAAAAACUUUAUUGGUUUCUGUUUUUAAGAUCCUCUUGAUACUGUAUAUAAAAUUUAAUAAAAAGAUUUCUAAUUUUUCAUGUUGAAUUAAGAAUUUAGUACAAAUGUAUUCCUUAAAUUAUGAUUCAUUUUCAUUUAAUAGCAUCCACAAUCUUUACUGAAGAAUCUUGAUAUGUUUUAUUUUCUUAUUAACUUAUUUCUGAUUUUAACAUAUAGAUUGAGCACUAUAUUUUGCAUUUAAUUAAGCAAUGGAAGUGCAUAAUUUAUACAUUAAAAUAAUUGAGAUUACCUUCAUAUAUUCAGGUCUUCAUCAUGGAUGAUGACUUUGACUAUAAUGACACUGCCCCAUGUCCAACAAGGCCACAAGAAUUCCUUUUGGAAAACUUAUGUGGCAAAAAGGGCCAAAGUGCAGGUGGCUACUCACCACCAGCACCUCACAGUGCAGCUAUGCGAUGGAAAGAAAUGAAUGAGCAAAAUAUGAUGCUUCAAUUAGAAGAAAAACAUCUGGUGAAGAAACAGAAUGUACAAACAUCAAAAGAAGCGGCACGUGAAAUCAUCAGGAAAAUACCCGUUGAGUUAUUGGCAAAGGAAUGGUUAUCUAAGGAAGAUGCUACAGUGGAUAUGCGUGCAUACUUAGUGGACCAUGUCAGUGAUUUAAAAAAAUAAUAUUUUUUAAUAUGUAUUUCUUUAUUUUGUUGAUUUUAUUUCAUUAUAAAAUAAUGCAUGAAAGAAAAUAAAUAUUAGAAUAACUAAAUGUGAGCCUACUGUUAAAUACAUUUGUUCUUUUUGUCAGCUUUAUGAAUAAGAGAAACAUGUUUAAGAAGAAAAUAAUUUCCUUUUUUAAAAAUAGUUGUAGACCAUAUUUUUAAUUGGAUCUUUAUUUAGAAAAGCAAUAUUCUAAUCAGGUUUUGCCCACACUUAUACUGGGAGUUGAAAGAUUAUUAAGAGAAGUAGAUGAAAAGGGACUAUCUGCAACUAACCGAUUCGAGCCAGAAUUCAACCCAAUCAAUUUCCUAGCUCAGUACCUCAUGAGAAACAAUCCCAGGUUCAGUAAUUUUGCAGAAGCAUCUCCCUAUGUCAGAGGUCUACGUGAAGUGUCUGAAGAAAUUAAGCAAGAGCUGUUUACGUUUGAGGAUAACAGGUUAUAUAACUUGGUUUUAAUUUUUUUGGGUACAUCUAUUUUUAACUCGCCAUUACUUAAUCAGAAACAAAAGAACUUAAUAAGCAUUGCAACAAAGAGAUACAAUUUUCAUUUGAUUAUGAUACAUGUAGAGAAACGUAAUUUUCAUUGUUCAAACUGGAUUAUUAAUGUCUAAAUGUGAUAGCAAUGUUAGCUAAUGUCAAAUUAUUAAACUAAGAUGAAUGAUAUCUUCAUAACCACUGUGCCUAUAAUUUUUUAUCACCAGAUUGGCAAGAAUCAAAGCAGAAAGCAGACGCAAACGGUUAGAGAGAGAAAAGGUUGAACAGGCACUCCAGGAGGCGAAACAGCAAAGACAUGAACAGCUGACUUUCCUAUAUCAACAUUUUAAUAUGCCAAGUGAUAAAUACAAAGUGGAACUAGCAUUGGUAAGAGAUUCAUGAAUUCCCUAUUCUAUAAAUAGUUUAGAAAUUUUAGCAAAAGGUAAUAAAUAAAAAUGAUUCAAUGUAUAGGAGAUUAGUAGGCCUACGUCACAUAUUUCUGUGGUUUAUGACAUUUCAGUGACAUUCCAACAGCAUAUUUAUUGAAAAACUAUUUUAACAAUUACAGAAGCCAGGUUAGGGGUAUUACUAUUUCUUAAAUUGUUGCUAAGGGCGUUAAAUGGGUUUGUGUUUGUUGGCAUGACAGCAAAAAUUCCAGCACUUUUGUCUAAUUAAAGAAAGUCAGUGGAUCUAUUUAGCGUAUGUGAUUUGGUAGUAUAGCAGUGGGUCUAUGCGCUUGGGAAUAGAGACUAGUGGAAGUGAUAGAUUGAUAGAGUUGUUAGUCAAAAUCAUAUCAAAUGGUGUAGAACAAACAACAAAAAGAGAAGAGUAUGCUGAAGAACAAGAGGUUAGACUUCAGUAGUGAAUACCAAGAAGAUUGUAUUUACUGCGUUUUCAUGGUGAUUUUUUAACUGAGAAAGUUUUGACACAUGGGGGAAUUGCUUAUUUGAGUUGUUGCCCUGCUCACACCCAGUGGCUUUUUACACUAUUUUCCAACUGUUUGGUAAUCAAUUUUAUUUUGGCAGACCACCAUAACAAAACUGAACUUGGGGCGAGAUGUCACACAAACUAAUGAUUGAUGCCAUAUUUCUUCUAAAAAAUCCUAACUUUGCUUGUUGUUUGUUCAGGUACAAAAUGCCCUGCGUUCUUUUGGUGAGAUUGUUGAACAGUGGCCAAAGGAGCAGCAAGAGGCUGCGAAACUUGGGAAACCUUUUGACCAAACAGAUGAAACUGGAAAAGCAUUGUCUGUUGAUGAUUUUGUACAGGUAAACACCAUUGUGUGUCUAAUAUGUACAUCACAUGUGAGCACCUCCAUGCAUGCUAUCCUGGCAUGAUACUCUUAUGUUUUUUUAUUUUAAGCCCUAUUGUUAAAAAAAAAGUUCACAUGCCGUUGUUGAUGAUUUUGUACAAGUAAACACCAUCUUGUGUCUAAUAUGUAACAUUGAAUUUAAAAAAAAAAUUAAACAAUUACAGAUCUUGAUUGAUCUUUGUACCCCAGAUCUGGAUUUUAUUCGUCCACCUGGAAAAAAAAUCAAAUAACAGCAACUGGUGGUUUGACCUUAACACACAUUACCUUAGAUAAAAAUGCAUGCCAUGAAUUUGUUGGAGGACAUAAUAGGCCCACAAUAAGGAAAUUACCAUUAGAAAAAAAUCAAAUUACCAUUAGAAUGCAGUGGUGCUGAAAAAUAAUAUUAUAAAUUUGUCAAAUUGAUGUUACUUUAACACUGCGAUUGUUUAAAUAUCGUUUAAUAAUAACUAUUUUACACCUGAUGUCAAUGUUUUUUAUAUGUCUUUUUAGUAUUUAAGUCCUUUUGUGGAGCACCUGCCCAUGGAAACAUUUGAUAUUUUCAUCAAACACAUGGCCAAAUGUGCUGCACUGUAUAGGGCAACAGCAGAGAAAGAAAGCAAGAGAAUCAUACUGACGAAUCUGUUCUUGAUGUUGGACCAUGGAGGGGUAUGUCUAGACUUCUUUUAGAAUAUACACAUCUUUUCGGUUCUAAGAGAACACUUCCUUUUAGGACCAUGGAGGGGAAUGUCUAGAUUUUUUUUUAGAACAUGCACAUCUCUUAGGUUUUCAGGGAAGACUACCUUUUAGGGGCGGUUUGGGGAGGGGGGGGGGAGGGGGGGAUUGUUAAAAAUUUUCAUCAGCAACAAAAAAAUGUUCCUUUGUCAAUGUAAAAAUGGUAAGGGGUUUGGGGGGGGGGGGGGGGGCAGGGCUGUUGGGUAUUGUGGAAACACUAGCGAACCUAGGGGCGGUUUGGGGAGGGGGGGGGGAGGGGGAGAUUGUUAAAAAUUUUCAUCAGCAACAAAAAAAUGUUCCUUUGUCAAUGUAAAAAUGGUAAGUGGUUUGGGGGGUGGGGGGUGUGCAUGGCUGUUGGAUAUUGUGGACACACUAGCGAACCUUUCAAUAUUUGUUUUCCAAAUGCUUAUUACAAAUAUGAAUCUCAGUUUGCCAAAUACACUAUAAAUUAGUUUAUUAUAUAUAUUUUUCAUGUAAUUAUUACUUACAUUUGAUAGUUUGGUUAGCGACGAGUUUUCAUAAAUUUUUCACAAACCCCAAAGUAAAACUUUAAUAAAAACUUAACACACCCAAUAAGUAAACUGGAGAAUAAAGAAUGCUGUAGAAGUUUUUCUCUGCAAUAGAUGUGUGUCUUUUUUUCCUUUUCAUAUAGAGAUUUAAUAACAUCAUUCGAAUUAUACAAACUAAAGAACCAUUGGUAAUUUUCAUUGCACCUUUGCUAUCUUUGGUUUCAGUUGUACAGUUUGCUUCUUGCAUGUUAUGUCACAGAAAUGAAGUUGAUUAUUAUUUUGUUGCAUAAUUUGCCUAAUUCUUUCGUAUUUCAAGCCCACAAGGCUCUUGUGAUAAAUAUUUUUUAGCAAUAAUUUUGAUGAACAAUUUAUGUAUUUAAAAAAUUAAAAAGUACAAAAUUUAUUGCAGUUUUGAUACACUCAGGAUACUAGAGAUCUUAUAUGCAGUAAUUCAUAUUAUUAACUUUAUAUUAAAAUAAAAUAACUUAAACAAUAUGUUUUGAAUAGGGAGACUUAAGACACUUACAUGAUUUCAAUGGAUUGCAUUUUGAAAUGUGCUAAAAUUUGUAAAAAUGCAAUAUUUUAUGUCUCUAAAAUUUUCUAGUUAGUGAGAUAAAAAAGCUCUUGACACUAAUAAUUUAUGUUGUUUGCAGCUUGGCCUCUUGGGUCGUCAGCGUUUACUAGAACUUUUAGAAAGAUUCUGGGAUGUUUAUGUGGUAAAUGGAGAAUUCCCUGGAACUUUGAGGAAUCCACGCCGAUGUAAGUUUUAUUUGGAUUUGCAGUAGCUACAUUAACCAGUCAAUCAUAGCUCAUCUAGUUUCAUGUUUGUAGUGCCUCACUGCACCAAUGAGAUUGAUGGAAGAGAAGAGACAUACAUCUAGCAUGAGAUAUUCAAUGUUUUUUUUUCCACAUACUAACUUUCACUAGCGGAGGGCCCCAUGAAAUGUAAAAAGUCAAAGUGCUUGAAGAUGUUAAUUUACGCCAAACUUACAUAUUUCAAUAUUAAGGAAGAGUAACAAACUUUUUAUUAAAAUUGCAUCAUACCAAAUUAAUACAUUUGUGGACCACAAGAUAAAGCAUUACGUUCUUCUUGUUUGAGACCACAACAAAAGAUUCUGGUUUAAUGGACUUUUUUGGUCUGGACCAGCAUUUCCCAAACUUUUUUUCUCCAUGACUUGGCUAUUUUUAUUCUUCUCAUUCAUGACAGAUUAACAUUUUUAUUGUCUAUUCUGGCCUAUUUAAUAUAUAAAAGAUAUGAAUUUCCACACAGUUUUCAUAUAAUUAAUAAAUAAAGCAUUUACUCAUUUAAAUGAUUAUGUCAUGAUAAUCUAACCAGGAUUUUUAACUGUUUUUUUUUUUUCGUUCUUUGGGUGACCUGGUAAUUUUGCUUUCAUGGAACAGUACCGGGUCGUGACCUGGCACUUGGGAAACUUUGGUCUAGACCAAUGGUCAGCAACUAUUGGCUCCAGGGGGAACAGAUGCUACUCUUUUAUUUUUACUGAUCUAUAAUGGCUCACAAACUAUUUACUUAGCAUUAUAAUUUAUUUAUGUAUAUUUUUAAUUUGGAUUAUUGCUCAAAAAUGUUGCCAACUCCUGGUAUAGGCAAAGUGGUAAAUUUUGAAUCACGCACUAAUAAACAUAUCUGACAAGGUAUUUUUGCAUUGAUUAGAGUUAACCAGGUAUGUAUAGUUGACUAGGUUUGCUAAUUAAUCUUGGAAUGUAGGGUUGUUUAAGUAUGAAGGGAUUUUUAAGAUAUCUAAGGCAGAAAAUGGAGUCAGUUAAAUUUUUUUUUUACAGGGCCAGUUAUUGAAGUUGAGGAAACUGAUGACUCGAUGUUCGAUGCCUGGGAAGAAGAACCAGAUGGAGGCCUGACCAUGUCUGACAUGUACACAGCAGAUACAGAGAUUUCUAAGAUCUAUCAGGAAGUGCACAGAAUGGCCACCAUUGCUGCUGUCCAUGACAAGACCGCAGUGGAGAAGUGGAAGAUCAAGCAACUGUCAGAGAAAAGUGAAGGAAGUGAGUACUUGAGUGUUAAACAAGUGUAUCCUCUUUUCUAAUACAUUCUUUAACCUUAUACAGAUGAUGUGCUAUUUUUAGGCAAGUUUCCUGGAAAUGAAAAAACAAAAUGUAAAAAAAAAUAGGACAGACAUUAAAUAUUUGUAACUUUAUGUCUGGUGUUAAUGUUAACUUGAAGAUGAAAGCCAUACAAAACUUCAUAAAAUGUAAUUAAAAUAACUACUAACAUUACUUAAGUUUUUAAAAAUAGUUCCUCUUCUUCUUCUGCUUCAUCUUUUCAACUCCCAAAGGAGCAUAGGUCAUUAACAAUUUUUUGCCAAGCCUCCCAGACUCAUGCUAUCUUCUCUAACUCUUUCCAGUCUUUAUUACAUCCUUGUUGACCUCUCUUUGUGUUUUUGGGUUUUCCCCCUCCUCAUGAUCCUUGAGGUGCUCCAUACCAGUGCUUGUCAUGUUAUAUUGGUCAGAUGUCUUUAGGAAGCAUUAAUUGUACUUGCAUAUAAUUCAAGUCUUCUGUUUCCAAGUUUUGCAAGUAUAUAAUAUCUGGAAACACGAAAUAUUGUUUAAGUAAGCAUUACACCAAAGCUGUACUGUCACUUCAGUUGAGGAGAUCUCUGACUCAGGCACAAUUUUUUUUUUUUGUGUGUGUUUUCUGAUUUACCUUUUUUUUUCAGUGGUAAAUGUGAAGUUAUUUCAUGAUUGUGGACUAACAUUAAAAAAAAAAAUCUCUCCAGCCAAAAACUUUAUUAUGUCUUCAUGACGCCAUUUUCUUCAUGUUUAUGUCAGACUAGAAGAUUUUGUUUAUUAAACUGUAGGACUACUGUAAAGUACAUGGCAUUAAACUCAGAAACUGAUAUAAGGUACAUGGCAUUAACUCAGAAACUGAUGAAAAGUACAUGGCAUUACUGUGUUGCUUUUCAGUGCGGUGGAAAAUGUACAAGUACAAUGUGACAGAUUUCUUGAACCUAACUGACUUUUCUUACAUGGACACCUUGGAGGCGCCCAAGCAGUAUAUGAAUUUAGAAGAGAAAGCAGCAGAGGGCAAGCUGCGCUACCAUGACCUGUAUCCCAUGACAAUGACCAAGACCAAGGAAGAGAGGGACACUCUGGUUGACAGGAAGAAGCCCAUUGCUCCUGAAGACGAGAUGGGGCAAGCUGAGGAUGGGGAAAAUAAUCCUUUGGCCAAUGAAGGUUCUAUGGUUACUGAUGGAGCUCAACCGGGGGUUGAGGAAGAGGGGACCUCUCGUGUGGAUGCCAAUGCAAAUGCCAAAGCAGGCGAUGAGAUUUUGAAUGAGGUCAAAACACCAGAAAGGGUUGACAGAAAUAAUCAGAAUGAGACUGCCGUUGAAGAAGAUACAGGACUAAUCCAAGAAAUGAGCAAGGAUGGCUGUAUUGUGAAUGAAGAUAGCAGUGCAAUAUUAAAUAAUGAUGUGGUUACAGAAACUUUUCACCUUCACCCUGAGAAUCAACUCAAUAUAUUAUUCCCUGCUGAUGAAGUUGGUGCAGAGACUUUUGAGGAAACUACAGUGAAAACACCUUCCCCUAAAAUAUGUGACAGUACUGGGCCAGGUAGUGGCAAUCUGAACAACAACAUGACCUUUCCCAACGAUGUCACAACUGAGUCUAGUGACUCUGAAACAAGCAAUGACACCGACACGACAGUGACAGAGCUGGGGCUGUACAGUGACUCAUCCAGAACCUCGAUCAGUGAGUCCUCAGAGUUCAGUGAUGGCUUCCUGACACCAAACACAGGAGGGGGCUUCAGGCCCCGGUUUUAUGCACUCCCAUCAGGCACUGAAGAUUACAAAACUCCUGAGGAGGAGGAGACGAAUGUUGAUGAGGAGCUGGAAGAAAAGGUGUCUAGGCUGAGGGAAAUUCUCAACUCUUCAAAGGUGGGGUUGCUCAAGGGCCAACCGCCCACCAGACAUGAUGUCUCUCGUUUGCAAAAUGUGAAAAACCUGCCACAUCUCCCGCACUUGUCUGAUACCCUGCACAGAGGUAUUUACACAGACAGAGCCACCAGUCCAUAUGACCCACUACCUCCAAUCCCAACCAAAAAAAGGGUGAGGUUUGACCCUUCCAACACCAACUUUAACAAGGGAGACCACAGUCUGGAGACUCAGCCAGAUGAGCUCACGGAAAAAAGUAUUCUGUUCAAAUUUUUCAUCCAGGUUUCCUUUUUUUAAAAGUUUUGAAAUCUAAAAAGUUCCGGGCGUUUCAUUUGCUAACAUUUUUAAUAAUUGCUUUGAUUUUUUGCGUUUCUCAAAUUUUGUAAACACAGCAUACCUGCAAAUCAGCCUAGAGUUCAGUUACAAAAUCUACACUAACUUAAUGAAUAACAGUGAAGCAGGCGUAAAUAGAAUGAGUGAACGAACAUGCAGGGUACACCUAUCUUAAGAACCUCUACUGCAAUAUGAUUUUUAUUGAAGUACUGAUUGUAUGCUUUGGAUAAAAUAGACUAAAAAAACAAUGUUUGAAGGAACACCAAAACACAACUGAGAAUUUGUGGGGGAAAUGGAUUAAGUUGUAAAAUUACUCUACAUUUUCCAGAUGCUAAGACUUAGUCAAUCGGUUAUAUCAGUGAAAAGAAAAGUUGCAGAAUAUUUAAAAUAAUAUUUUUUUAGCACACAAUUUGAGAAAGACUAUUCCAUUUUUGAUGUUUUAUUGUGAUGAUUAUGUUCAUGCUUCAUUUCAAUAUCUGGCCACACCCAUGGAAUUAUUAAUUCUGAGAGGUAAGGAGUGAGUGCGUUGCAGGCGCGGAUUCUAUACCCCUCCAAAUAUAUAUAUAUUUAUCAAAUUAAUCCAUUCAUACCAUCAUAUUUAUCAAAUUAAUCCAUUCAUACCAUCAUAUUAUGUGUCCUGAAAGGCAGAGGGCUCCCCUAUAAAUACUGCUGACACCCCCACUGCAAUGCCUUUUUCACAUUAAUCCUUAUUUAAGCUAGACUGAUUUGCAUAGUGUUUGUCUUCUUUAAAUCUCUUUAGAAGAAGAUGGUGAUACAGGGGAGGAAACUGAGCAGGAACAAGAUGAAAGUCUUUUGAAUGCAACAAAAAGUAAAAACAGGGUCGAUCUAGGGGAAGACAUCAAAGUUGGAGAUGAUGAAGACAAAGUUGAUGACCAGCAGUCUGUGGGAACAGAUGAACUGAAGACAGUGGACAAAAAAGAAAUUGCUGAGGUCGAAGAGAAUGAUGCGGCCGAGGUAGAAGAGAAAGAAAAAGCUGGUAUUGAAGAGAAAGAAACAGCUGAGAUAGAAGAUAAAGAACCUGCUGAGAUAGAAGAGAAAGAAACUGCUGAGGUAGAAGAGAAUGAUAUGGCUAGGGUAGAAGAGAAAGAAACAGCUGAGGUAGAAGAGAAAGAAACAGCUGAGGUAGAAGAGAAAGAAACAGCUGAAGCAGAAGAGACAGAAAUAAUUGAGGAAAAAGAGGAAGACAAAACUGUGAUAGAGAAAGAAACGGCUGAGGCAGAAGUGAAAGCACCACCAGGAAAAGCAGAGACUCAAAACAUAAAUCAGAUUAUUGACUAUGCAACUCAUCACACAAUCGUCUCAGAACCAGGCCAAGAUGAUGUAAAAGAAAAGACAGACCCUGAAAAGACACAGCUGGAAGGAUUAACAGAAGUAGAUGUUUCCAAUGUUGAACAAACAACAAAAGAGCAGGCAGAGCAGGAAAAAGAGGAAAAAGAAAAAGACGAAUUGGGUAAGAAUUAGGAAAUACUUUAUUAGUAGCAAACAAGGAUUAUAAGAAUCCAGGCUCUGUUAGAUACAAUAAUUUUGCAUUAAUAUAUCAGACAUGACAAAAACUAUAAAAGUUUCACCCAAAAAACUUCUUCAGUUGUCAGCAAGGGUUUAGGUUUCAGUCAACUCUUUUGGCAAAAAAAAAAUGGAGAUUGAUUUCUUUCCUGCACUGGACCAUAAACUACCAUUUCAAAUACAUUCUGUUCCUGCUGAAAAUGUUAAUGAGUCACUCACCUCCUAAGAUCAAUAGAUGUGUGUUUUAAGUUAUGAUGUAAAAAUGUUGAACAGACACUCAUGAGCACAAAUGUCUCAUUGUUAAAUAAAAUCUAUUUUAUUUGAAAAUUUAAUGUAGACAUUUUCAAACCUGUGGAAAAUGAAGUGGAAAUAAUUUCCAUUUCAUUUAGUUGAAGGUAAUGUGUGUUUAAUAUUCAUUUAUUGUUUACGAAUUUAAUGUUUUAACUUUGUAAAAUUACUCUUUUCUGUUUUUUCACCAACUGAAUCCCAUUAACUAAUUUUGCUUUUUCCUUUUUGACUAACUUCAAAUAUUUUUCUAAAGCAAAAUAAAAAUGUAUUAUUUCCAUCCUUAAUAAAUUUUAAAAAAACAACUAUUUUAACAUAAUUGAAGAGAUUUGUAAAAAAGUAUCAAUUUUUAAAAUAUGUGAUGAAUAAUUUUUAAUUUUGUAGAUAAUGUGCUAUUUCAUAUGUAAAUAAUUUAUUCAUUAUGCAUGAUAUAAAGAGUAAGUAUUAUUCUGAUGCUGGCUUAAAAUAUCCUUUCUAACUUGUGGGGUUUUUUUUGUGUGGAUUUUGCUUGGCAGAUGAGACGCUGGCUGGCAAAGCACAGAAUACUGAAGAUCCCGAAAAGAAAGGUAAGCAAUUAAAAAAAAAUUCCCAGACUCAGAAUUUUCCGUCCAAACAUUUUUGAAAGAAAUUUACUGAUCAGGUUAUCUGUGGGGUCAAAGAUAGUUUUUCUCUAUCUAACACUGCAGGAUAAAAGACUAACUCUGGGGCUCCAACUGAGAUGGUAGAAACAAGACACAGGCUAUGAAAAUAUGAUACAAAUCACACAUUAAUUGUUUUAUUUUAUUUAUGUAAUAGUAAAUGAAACAAUUUUUGUUAUGAAAAAGCUCAUUAGAGGCAGGAGAUAAUCAUAAUGUAUAUAAUGUGAGAGGUUUAUAAGCUGUUUUAAUUUACACUGGCAAACUUCUACAGGUUUAGAAUUUAAAAAAAAUGAAAAAAAUAAGAGAUUUUAAUGUGUUGUUUUUCUGAAUGUUGCUCUUCAUUCUGAAGAUCUCUCAGAGCUGAUGAAGAAGUUGUCUUUACCAGUUGGAGAGUUUCUCAAUUUUAUGUACAAAGAUGAGAACAUUAAUUUUAAUAAACAGCUUAUUGAUGCUAACAUAAACAGCUGCUAUCGAGUGCGCAACAUUAGUAAGUUGUCAAAUGUUACAUGUUCAGUUCAAACUUUUGAGAGAUGUUCUGUUUCCUUUAACAGCUUUACUAUUUUUUUGCAUGAAAAACAAAAGUUACUUUUUUUUCUGAGGCAUGCAGAACCUGAAAAAUGCCAUACAAGGACCAAUAUAUAUAUCAAUUUUUAAAAAAUCAUCAUAAAUAAAAAAAUUUGAAUGUUUAAGAGGUCUUUCCUGAUCAAGCUAUAACAUUUCAUUGGCUUUUAGCUUUACAACAGAUCUUGAUUUACAUUUAUUCAUGAAUUAUCUUGAUGUCACAUGAAAAUAUAAGUUUAAGAUUCACAGAUUUAAUCUUUUAAACUGUCACAUAAAUUUAUUAAUUGGCUAGGUAACCAGAAGUUCAUAUAGAAAAAGUGUUGUUUCUUUCCCUAGAUGCAACAUUGAGUUAUAAUAAAUUUAUAUGAAGCUUGCCAGAAGAAAUACAUUUUUAAAAAACUACUUAAAAUAUUUUAAAGUUUUUAUUAGUUAUAAAAAAUUAAUUUAAAUAUAUUUAAACAUUUAAAAAAAAAAACAAUUUAGUUUUCUAUCAAAGAAAUAUUGUCUUAUAAUUAAUUUGAAAGGCUCUUUCUUGCUUAGAAUAAAGUUAAUCUCAUCCUUUUUAAAAAUAUUUAUACACUUGAAAGAUAAAAUUCAAGAGAAAAAUAUUUGCAGAUGCAUACAUUUUUGACACGAUCCAUUUCAAUUUAAAAUUUUUUUACGUUGUUUUGACUGAGAUAAAGCAUUACAUUUGUUUUAAAUUUUUUUUUACAUUAUCUAGAAAAUAUAUAAACAAGCAUACCCUGACAUGAUUAAGAAAUAAAAAUUUCCUUGUUUAAACUCUUAAAAUGACCUAUUUCCUUACACUAUAGAGGACAUCUUUCAAACUUCCAUAACUUUAGUAUUAUCACUGGUAAAUAUCCAAUCUGACAGCUGUACACUUAAAACAAAAGUUUAUUUAAACUCUCCUUUUCUAGCCACCCCAGUUGUUCAACGUACUCAAUCACAGCUCUCAGCCUUUGAUAUAAACACUUUGAACAUGUCUCAGUUUGUUGUGCUGUUGGAAACAUUUCUGGGCAAUGAACCAAAUUACGACUAUUUUGAGAGGCUAAUCAAAUUCUUAAAAGAUAAUUACUCCGAUACAGAAGAUGAAAAAAUGGAAAGGAUGAUGAAGGUAGGCUACUUGUGUUUUUAUUUUGUUACAAUUUAUUGUUUUUGUCUAGUUUAAAAAUGUGCAUUGCUGUAUUUUGAAAUUUAAGAGUUACAUUUUAAUGUUUUUAAAAUUAUUUUGUUUGCUUGUAUAGGAAAGGUUGCUUUUUUUUACUCUUCAUUAGGGCAUGCUCAGGUUUUAUUGGAUUGAUUUAUUUUUUAUUGAUACAGAACAGUUUAGGCUAAACACCACUUUUCAAAUUGCCAUAAAUGUAUUUAAUAAUAACAAUUCUAAAAAUAAUAUUAAUAAUAAUAAUAAAAAGCAACACAGGUAUAAAAUUUCAAUUCAAUAAAUCAAAUGAUGAAAUGAAGCAACACAUACACAUAUUUUUUAUUCAAAAAAUUAAAUUGGUACUUGUUUUUAUGCAGAAGGUUUCAUUACUUUUCUUAAUUUAUUACUUCAACUUUUUUAUAUUUUGGUUCAAGUGGAGGGCUUGGGGGCCGGGGGGGGGAAUGGGAGUGUUGUGAGAUCUAAAAAAUGUUGGGACAGAGGAAAGUGGUGUGGUAAAUAAUGGCAAAUGUUGUUACUUAUCUUUUUACAAAAAUUGUAAGGAAAUCUUUUCUAAUGUGUAUUUGAACAGGGUCGUCGUGAGGUCAUUUCAGCAAAGAGGAAGUUAAUGAUCGACACUUUGUUUGAGAAAUGGGACAAUGAUGGCAGUGGUUUCCUAGAGAUGGAAGAUGUGCAGGAGGUUUUGUUCAAGUACAAAGAUGGCCAGGAAGUUGAUGGCAUCAAGAAAGGUCUGUUAAAAAAUAACCUGUUUUUAAGAUUUGGGAAGAGGGGAGGGGGGAGGAAAUGGAAAGUGAAUAUUUUCACCUUUUCAAAUAAAAAAGCAUUCGUCUGCAAAGUCAACCCAGGUUUUAUGAAAAGAUUUUCCAUGCUGUGCUUUUUACAAAAAAAAAAAAAAAUUGCCAAUUUUGCAAUUCUAGAAUGUUCUUACUGGCAAAAGCUGGCUGCCCCUCCCUUGGAACACCGGCGAUGUCUUUUCUCUGUACUUUACGUGUAAUGUUUCUUCAAUUAUGAUUAUGGUAGCUGUAGUUGUGGUAGCCAUAUUUGCUGCUCCCUGAGAUGGAUUUAUGGAGAAGGCAUUUAGCCAAAACACCCUCUUAACUGUUCCAUCUUUUAUCCAAGCCUAAAGAUAUGAUGUUCCACUAUUUAUUCAAUGCAUUUUCCAGCCUCUCUUCCUUAAGCCACUGUGUGCAAUCAUAAAUGUUUCACAGACAGUAAAAACUCUGGUGAGUUAAUGAGAAUCAAAUUUUAUCUUGCCGAUUCUCAGCUCAGACCGCCCUCAGAAAAGCAUCUAAAUUUAAUGACCAGCGUCUCAGCAAGCAAGAGUUCAGACAGUUGAUAGAACUUGUUGUCAAAGAGAUGCCAGGAUCCGAAAACUUUGAACAGUUGCUAGACUUCCUCAUGAAUUCUGUGGAGGUGAGGACAUUAACAAAAUUCCCCCCCCCCCCUUUCCCCGGGCCAAAAAAAAAAAAGAAAAAAACCCAGUUAAAAAAACAACAAAAAAAGCCCCCAAGACAAAAAUCAGACCGCCCUCAGAAAAGCAUCUAAAUUUAAUGACCAGCGUCUAAGCAAGCAAGAGUUCAGACAGUUGAUAGAACUUGUUUUCAAAGAGAUGCCAGGAUCCGAAAACUUUGAACAGUUGCUAGACUUCCUCAUGAAUUCUGUGGAGGUGAGGACAUUAACAAAAUUCCCCCCCCCCUCUUGCCCCGGGCCAAAAAAAAAGAAGAAAAAAACCCAGUUAAAAAAACAGCAAAAUAAGCCCCCAAGACACAAACUUUGUUUUGUUUUAAUGUGUGCCAAUCAUUUGUUGUUGUUUUUUUACUACUUUGGUUCAAACUGCAAAUUCAAAUCACAAUCUAGAAUGUUAUGCUAAGCAAUGUUACUAAUAAAUGAAAUAAACUGGUAUUCUUUUUGCAGUCUUGAUUCAGAAAUUUGUUACAGAUUAGCUUCAGAUGAAAGGAUUCAUCACAAAUUCCUGCAUUCAAUUUCUCUAUUAACACAAGAGUUGAAUUUGAAAUUUCUCGUGAAGAAAACUAAAAAUGAAAAGCAUGUUGUGCUAUUGUGUGACAUAUCUGCUUCAAUAAGCCCUAGCCAUAUGUGUUGAGGGGGCUACACUUUCACCCAUACCUAAAGGGUAAUGAUGCUGUCUCCCUUUUAUGAAUAUAUAAAAGAGAUUAAGUAACAUAAGUUAAAGCUGUACCAUAAGUAGCGGCAUCUCCAUGGUUAGUUCUGGUUAGGUUGGGCCAAGACUUUUUGCUGCAACUUCCCUUAAAAGACCAAAAAAUGCCAUCCCCUCCAAUAAAGCCAAAAGGGGCCCUCCCCCCCAUGGGCAGCGCCCCCCCCCCCCCCGUACCCCUUUUCCUACACCACAAACAACAGUGCAGCCAGCUGUUGAAAUUAUUAUCUUAAGGAAAGUAGGAACUUGACAAAAAGGUUAAUUUUCAUUGCCUAUAAUAGGUACCAUGUCAUCUAAAAUGGCUACAGGAAAUGAGCCACUGCCAUAAUUCUCUAAUGGCUACACUUAUGACUAUCAAGGUUCCCUUUGUCAUUGUUUUCUUCAUUCACAGAUGAUUGAAGAAAAUAGAAUCCAUUCACUUUUGAGUUAUGGAAAAAUUCAGAUUGACUUAUCAAGUGAGUGGUCAAUAUCAACAUUAUAUAAAAAAAAAAAAUUAAAUUAACUCGUGCCAUCUCUGAUUCACAGAGAUCAUACGCUGAGCGCAUACGUGGUGAGGCCAGGAAAAAAUGGCUGAAGCAGAUUAUUACAGCGGCCCAUUUUAGCGGAACGUUGAUGGACCCCGUCUACAAGGCUGUCUUCCAAGCUCUCUACAAGGUACCAGCUCACACAUUCUGCUCUCAAAAUAUCUCCCAGGGAGUGAGGUAGAUGGAAUGCUGUUAAUUUAAAAUCCAAAAAUUCCAAGAAUUUCAAUGGACAGAUUACAAGGCCAGCCUGAUUGACGAGAGAAAAAAAAAUUACUUAUCCAUGUUCCCCCAUUUGGAUACAUUACUUCUUUAUGCUGAUAUUAACUUGUCUUUUUUUUCUGUGAACUAACCAUUUUUUUAACACUCAACACUAUUUGCCAAUAAUUAAAAAAAACAACAACAUUACUACUUGCCAAAAGGAUGCUGAGACACACGGAGGAGAGAAAAGGAUCAGUGCAAACAUUGCAUUGCUGGAAGUCAACAAGAUGGAGCCACGCAGAGGCCCGCUGUUGUUGAGAUAUUCAGCCUGCACCCCAGAAGAUUGCCAGUAUAUGCUGGGAAAAGCCCUGUUCAAGAACAUGAAGGGAGUCAGGUUGGUAGGCUUCUUGGGAGUUGGGACAAUUUUGGUGAAGUUCUGCCAAAGUUUCAUUUUUAACAAAAAAAUUAUACUAUUUUAUUAUGUAGUAUAUAUGAAAUGAGUAAAAAAGUUAAGUUGCAUAUAAUCAAUACAUAUAAUUAUCUAUGUAUGAAAAAAGUAUGGUGUAAUGGUGAGUUCAAUAGUGACCAAAAUAAAAUUCCAGAUAAGUGCACUAAAUGAAAUUCUUAAAAAUACCUCAAGUGAGUUAGGUGCAUAGUCUUUUCUUUUCAUUUUAAAUAUGGUGUUAAAAAUCUGCAAUGUUAUAGGGGGUGGGACAUUAGAGUAUAAUGUAUUUCAGGGGCAUGGAAAAAAAAUUGGGAUUCUUAUAAAGUGCAUUACUUAAAUGCAUGUUUUGUCAAGUAAUUUUGAUAAAUGGGAAAUACUUGCAUUGACUUGCUAUUGUUUGGUGGGCUAUAACUUGUUCCAUAAUAAAUUAAUGCAGAGCGAAUUUUUUUGUCAGGGACCAUAUUUUAGAGUUUUCAUUGGUUUUAACACCUAUUAAUGACUUGUAAUAGGUAAAAUAAACUGGUUUAUAUAGAUGUAAUUUACUGAUUAGGUAAAAUAAAUACUUUAUUUGACGUAGAAAUUAGUAAACAAUUUACAUGAGCAGGUUACUUAAAUUAAUCAAAAAUUAUAUACAAAAAAAGUUAAUACACAAAUUUAUAGCUAUAAAAUUGAAUUUUGAAACUUUGAAUAAUUUCAGUUUCCAAGCCAUUGAAACUGGAAAACCUGUCCAUGUGCCACGUGUAGCAAAUCAUGGCAGUAUCUACUUCUGGAACUAUGAUAGAACCCGUGAUGUAAUUUUCCAUUUUACCUUUUCUUGUAUUACUCCUGUCACUAAUUUUUGCAGCAGUUUACUGUUUGUUCUGUUAAUUUAUAAACAGUUAAUUUAUGAGUUUUCUUUAUUUCAAUGAGAUUUGAGUUAGCUAAAUUGCACUAUUUUUCUAAAAAGUUAGUGUUCAAUCUGAAAUGAGGAAGAGAUAUCUAUCAAAUCUAAAGAAUUUCAAUACAUUGAUCACAUAUUCAAAUAAAGGAUAUUUCAAAUUCAUGUUGCUAGUGUAAACCUCAAAUAACAGUUAUGGCUCAGAUAAGAAUCUUAGUAUAGUAGGACAAGUCCUCCUAGAAGCAUUUAUUCUCCUCUGUUGUAAACAAAUGAAAAAUCUGGCUAUGUCAGUAGAAAAUAAACAUUAGAUAUAAUAUGGUCCAUUUAAAAUAUAUAAAGGGCUUAUUAUAUAUUGACACAUACUGGAAGAUUCAUGAAGAUAUAGAACAGAUGUGUAAUUUGAAAAAAAAAUUAAAAAUAUUUACACUUUUGUGCUAAGCUAUGAUGAUAUUUUUUAGCUUUCCAUAUUGUGUAAUUUUAAGAAACAUAUUUUUCGAGUAAAACAAGAGCUUAACCCUAACCUGUUUCAGGAUAGAGAUGGUUCCUUAGUGGUUGUUCCACUGAAAGAUGUAAAGAAGCGUGUAUUCGGAACAUUGGGCAUUGACACCUUGUGUGACCCAUACAAGAAGUCUAUCUUUAUUACACAUGAAGUUCAGUUUUUCCAGGUAAAAGAAUAGAAAUAUGUCUCUUAAGUAUUUGCAGCAGUGCUCCUAUUUUUUUAAGGUCCUGAGUCUCCUCUCACCCCUCCACUAACUAUACCUCUGUCUCUUCUUUAUUUUUCAUUUCUUAUUUUCUCUUCCCCCCCCCCCCCCCCCAAACCCCCUUUCAAUUUUUUUUUAACCUUUCCUUUCCAAGUAUCAGGGAAAUGUUGCCACAAUAUUAUUGUUUUGUCACAGAAAGCGCUCAUUUUGAAAAGAAAACAGGUUAAAACGUUUAGGUAGUCUCACCAAGGAGCUGCCUUGUUCCAUUUAACAAAACAUUAACCAGGGUUUGCCUUGCCGUUCCAAAUGACAGGAGCCUAAAUAUUCUCUAUUUUUCUAUUUAAAAUUUGCUUUAUUUAAAAUUAAAAUUGUUCUGUGUCUAUCCACAAAAAAAACUAAGUAUUACUUUUGUGCAUAAUAAUAAGGAUACAAAUAAUAUGAAGGAUUAUAAAAGAACCAUCAUAUAAUAAAAACUAUUGACAACAAAUUGUUUAGCUUAAUGUACUUUGAUUGAUCCAUGCUAUUAUAGCAAAAUUCAAUAGGAGCAUCGCAGGGGUUGUCGGAAUGAUUCAUUGUUUCGAUGUUUGCUGCUGGUAAGGGACGCCAUCUCCGGGUUUGAAUUCAGAGUUUCCUUCUCUUAGAUGAGUUGCCGACCAAGGUUAAUGAGUAAGGUUUUUCUAAUUGACUGGGCUUUGGUUGGAAUUGAACACCCAACCAUCAACUUGAGAUUUGCUCAGUUUAGACCACUCAGCCACCCAGCACUCCAGUAUAGUGUGGUACAUGUCAAUCUGAUAAAGUCUGAAAAACCUGGUGGUACCGCUUAUUUCAUAGUCACACCACUGGAUUAAAACUUCAACUAAUUGGUUGGUUAAUUUUAAUAUGACAAUACUUACUUAAUUACUUGCUUAAGCCUUUUUACCCUGUCUGGGGCAUAGGCCGCCCACAAGAAUUUUCCACUCAUCACGGUCCUGUGCUUUCCUUUCCUAUUGCUUCCAGGUGUAUCCCAUAUAAUUUUGCGUGGCUGCCUCUAGGCCUUUCUUCUCUUUCUUUUUCUCUGUGGAUUCCAUGUUAGGCAUUGUCUGGGGAUGCUAUAUGGGGGUUUUUAGAGAGUAUGCCCUAUCCACCUCGAUCUUUUCUUUAUGAUGUCUUCAUCAAUGGGCACCUGGUAAGUCAUUUCUUGUAGAUUUUUGUUGGUGAGGGUAUUUGGCCAUUUGAUGUUCAGGAUCUUUCUAAGGUCUGUACUUUCUGCAUAAUGCUCGUUGAAGUUUUCCAAGUUUCUGCUCCAUAUAGUAGGACUGUUUUGACAUUCGUGUUAAAGAUUCUGACUUUGGUUGGCAGCUUCAGCAUAUUUUCUCCAAUAUAUUCUUUAUUCUCAAAUGCUGAUCUAGCUUUUCCAAUUCUAGCCCUUAUGUUCACGUUGGAUUCACAAUUUAUGUCAAUGGUGCUGCCUAAAUUUGUGAAGGUCUCUACUUCUUCCAUAAGACAAUGGGUUGGUUAAUUUUGAUACACCAAUAGGUUGGUUAAUUUUAAUACACCAAUGGGUUGGUUAAUUUUAAUACACCAAUCGGUUUGUUAAUUUUAAUAUAUCAAUGGGUUGCUUAAUUUUAAUACACCAAUCCGUUCGUUAAUUUUAAUACACCAAUGGGUUGGUUAAUUUUGAUACACCAAUCGGUUUGUUAAUUUCAAUACACCAAUGGUAUGGUUUAUUUUAAUACACCAAUGGGUUGGUUAAUUUUAAUACACCAAUGGGUUGAAUGGGUUGGUUAAUUUUAAUACACCAAUGGGUUGAAUGGGUUGGUUAAUUUUAAUACACCAAUCGGUUAAGUAAUUUUAAUACAUCAAUGGGCUGAAUGUGUUGGUUAAUAUUAAUACACCAAUGGGUUUGUUAAUUUUAAUACAUCAAUGGGUUGGUUAAUUUUAAUACACCAAUGGGUUUGUUAAUUUUAAUAUAUCAAUGAGUUGCUUAAUUUUAAUACACCAAUCCGUUUGUUAAUUUUAAUACACCAAUGGGUUGGUUAAUUUUAAUACACCAAACGGUUUGUUAAUUGCAAUACACCAAUGGGUUGGUUAAUUUUAAUACACCAAUCCGUUUGUUAAUUUUAAUACACCAAUGGAUUGGUUAAUUUUAAUACACCAAUGGGUUGAAUGGGUUGGUUAAUUUUAAUACACCAAUGGGUUGAAUGGGUUGGUUAAUUAUAAUACACCAAUGGGUUGAAUGGGUUGGUUAAUUUUAAUACACCAAUCGGUUUGUUAAUUUUAAUACAUCAAUGGGUUGAAUGGGUUGGUUAAUUUUAAUACACCAAUGGGUUGGUUAAUUUUAAUGCAUCAAUAAGUUGGUUAAUUUUAAUACACCAAUUGGUUUGUUAAUUUUAAUACAUCAAUGGGUUGGUUAAUUUUAAGACACCAAUGGAUUGGUGAAUACACCAAUGGGUUGGUUAAUUUUAAUACACCAAUGGGUUGGUUAAUUUUAAUACACCAAUGGGUUGAAUGGGUUGGUUAAUUUUAAUACACCAAUCGGUUUGUUAAUUUUAAUACAUCAAUGGGUUGAAUGGGUUGGUUAAUUUUAAUACACCAAUAGGUUGGUUAAUUUUAAGACACCAAUGGGUUGGUUAAUUUUAAUACACCAAUUGAUUGGUUAAUUUUUUUAAUGCACCAAUGGGUUGGUUAUUGAACUAUUAAAAAAAAAUAUUUUUCAUUUUAUUCAACUCUAGGGUGUUGCAAAGGCAUUCAGUAUUGCCUACCACCAAGUGGAGAUGCGUCGUAAAUUGCUCCGUGUUGCAGAGAGUGCCUUAUUAUGGAUGAGCAAACGAUGUCCUCAUAUCACUGACAUUGCUGUCUACCUGGUGGAGCCGAACCAAAUGCCUGAUGGUGACCCUGUGCUUAGAAAGAUGAUGGUUUCUGAUAAAAAAAGUCCCUGCAUUUACUUAACUGAAGUGGUCAGACUGGAGAGGAAAAAUAACUUGUUUAGGUGGGUAGAAUGCAAGUCUACAAUCAGUAGAAAUAUGCAUUGAUGGCUCCUGGUCAAAUUCAACUCCUUACACUCCCCAGAAGUAAAUUUAUAUUGAGAUGAUAUAUUAUUAUAUAUUGUUGUAUUAUUGUUGUAUUAUACAUAGGGGCCAUCCAUAAAUGACGUCACGCCUCUAGGGGGGAGGGGGAUCAGAUUUUUGUGACAAUGUGUGAUAAAGGGGAAGGGGGGGCUUAAGCCAUGUGACGUCACAUGAAAAGCAGAAUGUUGUAGUAAAGUAUUUCACUUAAUAACACUAAAUUACAGACAUUUUUAAUAUUAUUAAAAAAAUCAAAAACAAUUAUAGUUAUUUUAAAACUACUAUCAAUGAGAGAAUCAGGUAGGAAUGCUAGGUCUGAAGAAUGGCCUCUGAUCAAGUUACAGGACGCCCAGUAGUAGGAGAAUCGGAAUGUAGUUACAAUGACAGUCGUGAGAAUUUAUGGCUAAAUCUGAACACGGGAAGUGGGCAUGGGAUGGAGCAGGAAAAGGAGAUUGACCGCGGGGUGAGGAGCAAUGUUCCCUUUAAGCUGUGCGGCUGCGCGGCCGCGCAGCUACCUCACAGAUGCCGCGCAGCAGUUUUGAGUACCCGCGCAGCAAAUUUCCAUGUAAGUGUGUGCUUGUUUUUGUGGGCUGUAAAAUUUUGCACACAAAAAAAUUGAUGCUGUAAAACUUUGCACACAACUGUAUGAUUUUGCACACGAACCAGCAAACCUUAGAGGGAACAUUGGUGGGGGGUUUCUUAGUAAAUUCUCUAGGGCUAGGAUUUUUAACCUUUUUUGCAGCGUUGCAGGCUUAAUCCCUCCCCAACCGUAUAAAAUACAUUGUAAUAAAAUUUAAAAUAAUUAAAUAAUUUAGUUAUCCUAGAUUUUAUAUCUUUAAUUAACUUUUUAUAAACAGGGGAAAAAAUACCAAUACACAAUAUGCGCCAAUGAAAUUCACCAUUGACUGCUGCUAAUCAAAAUCCAUAAGCUUUUUUUUUUAAGCAAUUGCAGCAAAUAGAAUCAAUGGCGUAGUUAGGGUUGGUGUCACCCGGUCCGGUAAGCUUGCGGUGUCACCCCCUCCCCUUUUUUACGAUGUAUUUCUUCUUGUUAAACUUAGUCCACAGUAUAAGAAAUACAAGAACAAAAAAAAAUUAAUUGAAGGUCAGGGGGUAAAUGUAUUUAAGAACUGCAACGCUAUUUGAAUCGCCCAUUGUUAUCAAAGGAUAGUUGUAUUUAUCAGGAUAAAAAUGGUGUGUUUCUGACCUAAUAAUAUGGUAACCUAAUUGCUGACGCAUCAACCUUGACAUUUUAAUAUUAACGAAACAUGUAUGUUGAUUGGUUACAUGGGUGAAAAAUGUACGUGUCAUCUGUUAUCCUUUUAUGAAUUUUGGUUAGACCGAUCAGUGUGUGUUCUGUAAUUACCCUAUCUUUCAAUUUGGUGUCACCCCCUGAGAUGGUGUCAGCCGGUGCGGUCCGCACCCCCUAGCUACACCACUGAAUACAAUUUAUUGGUCUUCCACACCUCAAGGCUGGGGAGGUAGUUGUAACCCUGGUUAAGAACCACUGAUCUAGGGAAAUGUUUCUGACACGGGUGCAGUAAUUUGAUAUCCAUGGGAGGCGAAUUUCUUAAGGGUUUGUAAAGGACAGUAGUGGACACGGGGACUUUUUAUAGAGGGGCGAGUGCAGAGAUUUGUGAUGUUAUAUUUGAGGGGGGUCUAACUUUUUGUGACCAUUUGUGACGAGGGGGGGAGGGGUUAAAAAAUCGGGAAUCUAAUCAAUUUAAAUGUGAUAAAAUAUAUCUGCUUUUAUGCGAGUAUUAGUCAUUCUUUAAUAUCUAAAUAUUAUUAUUAUGAAUAAAUUUAAUAUAACAAUUAUUUCCUUUGUAGUUACGGGGUGUGAAAAAAAUGUUGGGUGGGCUGAUACUAUAAAGAGGAUAAACAUUUCUCAAAACAUCUAUGCAUAGAUACUUCUAUUACAAGAAGGGAAUGUCUCAUUUACUAUUUACUAAAUAUACAUUUCAAGGGUUUGGACAAUUUUUGUUUUUUUUUGUUUUGAGGAUACAAUAUCUCAAAACCUGAUUAAGUUAUUUAUGUAAAAAAAAAUGAGUAGAAUUUGAGAGAUUUUGCAAUAGCAGGUAUCAAGAAGCUCAACUUCCAUUUUUAUCCUGGUUAUACCGAGUCGUAUCUUCUAGCUAUUUAUCUUGAGAUUAAGAGGAUAUAAUUUUAAAAAAAUAACAUCUAAUGCCUGUGUUCUACCAUAACUUCCAAAUGGUGGUAUUCCUGAAAAUAAAUUUAACCUGAAGAAAGACUUUACACAUUUUUUUUUGUUAGAAAUUUCAUUAAUUUGACCUGAAAUUUGUUGUUUUAUUUGAUAAAAAACAACACCAAUAAAGUCUCAGCCUUUAAAAUUAUUUUAUUUACCCUCUUACUGUAUUUUACUGCAAACAUAAUUUAUUGUCUCUUAAGAGAUAAAAAAAUUAAGCAUUAUAAUUAUAAUUUCAAAGUUGAGAAUAUUUUUAUAAACUUAACUGAUUUAAAUUCAUCUUAAAAUAUUACAUUUGGUCUCAAAGGAAAAAAAAAAUCAAUUUUUAGGGUGGCUAAAUUAAUACUGUAUUUAUCGGCAUAUAAUACGCACUUUUGUCCCCUGAAAAUAAGAGGCAAAUGAUGUGUGUGUGUUAUAAGCCAAUAUAAUUUAAGUUUUUUUCCUGAAAUUUCCUUCUUAAAAUGAGGUGUGUGUUAUACGCCGGUGCGUGAUAUACGCUGGUGCGUGUUAUACGCCGAUAAAUACGGUAAUUAAAAUGUUCUCCACAUUAAAAGAACAUAAGAAAAAAAAAAGAUUAUUUGGUUUAACUCAAGUUAAGAGGUAUAAUUCUUGUAUUCAUGAAAGAAUAAACAUAAAUUUAAAAAAGACUUAAUACUCUUGGUAAAAUAUUUCAUUCAUUUGAUCUGAAAUGGGUUAUUUUUUUUCAUAACACCACUAAUCUUACAGAAAUCCUGCAUAAGCUUACAUUACCAAUAUUAAUGGAAUUUUUUAAAUAGGAUUACACUUCCUAUGAUUAUUUCCAAUAAUCUUUUAAUAAAUAUUUUCAUCCUUGGUGUUAGAGACUAUCUGUUUCAAUGCAUGGAAAACUCUGAUACAGUGAUGGCUGAGGCCUACGGGGAAAGGCACACUGCCACACCACUGAGAAACCUGUCUGGCAAAGCCCUGGGAGUGGUAGACAUAAGCAUAGGAGAGAUCAAGAAACUGCCUCAGUUUGAAAACAAGGAGGCUCAGAGAAUGCUGAGACUGCUGCAGAAGGCCUCCAAAGAUAUUGCUGGAGAGAGCCAAGGUAUUGAGAGGAAGAGAUUGCUAGGUAAGUCUAAUCUGUUUUUUAAACAUUCUAAUAGGUCAAUUCUAUUCUCACCAAUUGAUUAAUGUUUUUCUUUUCACUAACACUUAAAUUCUGAAAAGGACUAUAAAAGGGAUGAACUUAUUUACAAAGAACAUUCUGUUAGUCCUCCCCAUCUCUGCCUAAUAUAUUCAUGUGCAUUUCCUACACAGAAGCAGAAAAGGAUGAUAGCAGCAAUGUGACAAUGUUGUUUGAAAGCUACAUGCUGGCGGAGCUGCGUGAAAACAUUUCCAAGCUUGACCAAAUGGCCUUCGCAGAACUGAAAAGCUACUACCAGCCACCAAAAGUCAUUUUGGAAAUAUGCCGGGCGGCCCUGUCCAUUUUUGAUGCAGAAAAGGCAGGCGAGGGGCAAUAUGAGGACUGGCCUGUAGUGAAAAAUGUAAGUGGCAAAAUUCAUUUUAUUUCAUUAAGUCAGGGUAUUGAACAAUGCCAACAACUACUUACUAUUAAUAGCUUCAGCAGACCGGCUUUUUAACCUACUAUUGGAAAUGUGUAUGCAAAUUAAAAUGAAUAACAGGUUCUUCAACUUAUUAUUAUUAUUUUUUUUUAAAACCUAGAUUCAAAUAAAUGUAGUAGCUCCAUAUUAAUAUUCUCAACCUUGACUCAAACUAUGCAGCUCUCUUAAGCUAACAUAUUCAGUUAUAUAAUGCUACAGUUACAUUUUAUCAUUUUAACACCACCCCCCCAAAAAUAAAUUAUCUGCCAUCCGCACACUCUACUCUACAGAGCAUUAACAAUGCUUUUAUCAAUCAAAUCAAAUCAUACGACCCAACAAAAAGUACAGAAUAUGUGAAAGCUGAAAGAGUUUCCAGAUAUUUGAAAGGUUAGUAAAUAUUGUUCAUCUGAUUUGCUGUGCUGUGUUAUUUAAAAAAAAAAAAAAACAAUGCAAGGUUUCUGUGCACUGAGCACUGUGUACAGCACUGAAUUAUAGUAAAAUAGAAAAAAAAAUAUUUGAAAAGAAAAAUACCCUGAAAAUAUAAAAUUAGCUCCAUCAUUCCCACUGGACUCUGUAAUUAAAAUAGACAUAUUUUUUUGAAAAUUCAAUUGGAAGUUAUUUUGAUGAGUUAAUACUGAUAAUUUAUUUCAACCAAAUGAAUUUAAAUUAUAACACAAAUUUUAUGGUUUGUUUCUUAACUUCCUGUGAUUGCAAAGCAUGGAGCUUUAGAUAUAAAACUAUUAUUUAAAUUAAUUAUAAAAUGCAUUAAUUUUAAAAAAUUUAAUAUUGACCUAUAUUAUUCUUUAAUAUUGACCUAUAUUAUUCUAAAAUAGCAACAUUCAGUAAGUGAAAUUAUUUUGAUAAUUUAUAAAAAAAUUUUUUUUUAGUGCAUUUUAAUUGUUAAAAGUUAUUUUGCAAUCAUUUCAUUAAUUUUUGUUUUUAGCUUUGCAUUUGAAACAUUAUUUUAGUUUUAUUUGAGACUUUGUGCAAGUCACUUUAGCUUUCCUCAUUCUUCUGCUUGUCUGUGACAUGAUUGAGUUUAAACAAAUGUAUUUUUUAACAAUGCUUUGAUUAUAAUAAGAUGCUAGAAAAAUAUCCAUUUGUCACAAUUUAUCUAGGAGAUUUCACAAUGUUUCUGCAUGGUCAAGAUGGUUUUAUCCAACUCAUCAAGAAUUUAGUUUUUCAAUUUAAAAAAUUUUUUUUUGGGGGGUGGGGGUGUUGACAGGGCAUUUCAUAUUAGAAAUAAGUCUCUAAUCAUGAAAAGUUUUGCAAACCAUUGAAGGAAACUUUAAUGUGUGGAGAGGGAAUAUUGUGAUAUUCAGGCAAGUUUUGCAGUCCUAGUGUUUUCCCACACAAUACUUCAUAAAAUAUAAACUUAUAUCCAUAUCGGAUAUAGAGUCAAUUUUAAUAAGUUUAUUCUCUUUCACCCAGGUAUUCCUCACGGUGAGGUUGGCAAGUAUGGUUCAAUACCUGCCUUGCUGCUGUACAACUGGGUGUUCUGUGUUUUGUCAUUGAUAGAGAGCACCAUCAAAAUGAGAGAAGCAGAGGAGCAGUUGCAAACCUUGAUAAAAGCCUCAAACCCUGUCACUUCAGAUUAAAGAAUGUCUUGGUGUAUCAAGUUUGCUUUUUUAAUUCUCUCCAAGCAGGAUUAAAAUUAUUUUGGAUGCUCAAGUUUUCAUUUAUUUUAUUUAGAGAUUAAAAUAUUUUACAUGAUGUAGCAAAGAUCAAAUCUAAGCAAAUGUGCCAGUUAAAACAUGUGGUUUUAAAAUUGUUAAUAGGUUUUGAUUGGUCAGCUUAAAAUACAUUUUUGAUGAUAAAAUGGCAACUGAAGUAAAUUCAUUUAUGUUUGUCUCUUAAUCUGUUAAUUAUAAUAGUUAAGUCAUUUUCAACAUUUUGUGAAUCCGAAAUCCACUGUAGACUAAAAGUUAUAUGUCGACCCCUCAGAGAAGGUCACAUUAUGAAACAUAUUCAUUUAUUUCUAACACAAUGGGUGGCUUUUACUAAUCAUGAAUUAAAUUUCAGUUCCAUGGUGCAAUGUUGUAAUGAAAUCAAUUAUUUAAAUUGAAAUUUGUGAUGAAAUUUAACUUUAACCAAAAUUAACUAUGGCUCAUUUUUUUUGCCACCUGCUGUUGUGAAUUGCAUUGUGUGAUUUUGUUUAAGGUGAUAUAAUAAUUUUUUUAUUAAUGCAAAGGGCAAUUUAAACAUCUUUUUUUUUUAAAGUAGAGAUUAUUGACAAAUUGUUUUACCAAAAUGUUAUAGGUUAACAAACAUGUUUUCAGUAAAUUGUUUUUUCUUUAAAAAAUGAUAUAAGUUGUAUAAAUUUUUUAAACAAAUGUGUGUAAAAUAAAAUGUGUACAGUCUUCUCAAAUUUAAUAUCUUUAUUUCCAAUAUUGUUUAUUAUUGUCUGUUGUCAUGCAGCUAAACACGAUACACAGCAAACAGAACUGUAUUUAAGAACUGUUUUGUACAGGAAAUCUCCCCUUCUGAUUUAAUCAUAUUCCUGCUACUAAAUAAAAUGAUACAUACUUAAUAUUUAGUAGAAUUGAAAUAGUUGCAUAACUUUAUCACUCUAGGAAUGCUGUUUGAGAACUCAAAAGUAUUCAAAACAACAUUUUGAUAAUUUCAUUGCAGAAAAAUUAAUUUUUUUAAAAAACAUCCCAUAAAAUAUGUUUUUAUUCAUUUUAUCAGACAUUAAAAAAAACAAAAAAAACUAUGUGACGCCAUAGUCUCUUUUUGGUAUUAUUUAGAAUUUCUUUCAUCAACAACAGAAAAGAAAAAUCAUAUGCUUAGACAGAGUGCUUGCAAAAUGUUAGGUUCUUAUUAUUUUUAUUAAAUUUUUUUUGUUUACAUUCUUAACUAUAAAUAUGACAGUUUCUUUUGAUGAAAUGAUGUCAAUGAUGCCUCGCUGUCAAUAAAUUUAAUAUUAAUCUUUGAAAAUAGGAAGUGAUUGGAAACAUUAAAACUGCAAGUUGUUUUCCUUUCUCCUUUCAUUAUUUCAAGAUUAUUGUAAUUAACUACCAGCCAUAUAACAUUGUGAAAUUCAAUAAAAAAAAAAUUAAAUACCAGAUUGUAUUAAUAUUAGCUUAUAUAAAUGUCAAUACUGUGAUAUUGUAAAUACUUCAGAGUUUUGAGCGCUCCCCUCGCUUUUUGCAUUCAUUGUUGUAGAAAUAUGUUUAUUUAAUUAUUUUAAACUCAGAAUAAAAUUGGCCUACAUCACAAAGUUUUGAGAGCUAUGUCCCCUCCUAUUGUAAAGCAGACAAUAAUGUGGACUUGGGGAAUAGAAAAUAAAAGCUAACAAUCUCACACAUAACUUGUGAUAUCCUCUUUUCCCUCUAUUAAUUCACAUACUAAAUUUUAGUUAAAUAUUACACAAUGGUUAUUUAAUUAAUGUUUAUG